CUUGAAGGGCCCCACACACACAAUGGCAGUCUCGCUUUUCGCUAGUUUCAGCACGAAGAACUCGAUUCCUCCUCCAGGGAGACGAUGUAAACACACGGGUCAAUCAGUGAGAGCAAUACCUAUACGCAUUUUAACGGUGGGAAAGAAAAGAUCAAGGGGUGUACAGCUAAUAGUUGAUGAGUACAUAAGGAAGCUCAAAGAUUAUUGCCGCAUUGAUGACGUGCAAAUCCGUUCCAAUCCGAGGAAUACUCGGUGCGUCACUGUUCCAUUCAAGUUCCCUCAGUUGUCAGACUAA